AUGGAGGUUACUCAAUGCUCUGAAAGAGUACAAGUAUCUAAACUCAUUUCUAAUAUUCGUUCUUGUCAAGAUGAGAUUAGGGUAUUAAAAGCAGAAAAUCAGAAAUUGAGAGCGAGACUCAACUGCUCUAAAAAUUCAUCACCUGGGAUGAAUGAUUCAAUAAACAAGAAGUUCUGGUCAUAUGCUGAAACAGUUGAACCACCGUUUUAUUCUUUAAUUCCGAAGACUAAUGCUCCUAAAAAUGUUGUUGAUUUUAGGCCAAUUAUCUUGAGUAAUGUAAGUUAUAAGAUUAUAUAUAAGUUAUUGACUAAUAGGCUAAAAUCUGUUAUAGAUAAAUUCGCUAGUCCAUUUCAGGCUGCUUUUCUGUCAUCUAGACAAAUAACUGAUAACAUAGUUAUUGCACAUGAAAUUGUGGACACUCUUAGAAGGCAUGGGUCAACAUCUGGUCUUAUGGCACUUAAGUUAUAUAUGUCAAAAUCUUUUGACAUAAUUGAAUGUCCAUUCCUAAUGGCUAACCAUGAGCAUUGGUGCAUUAUGAUAGAGCAGGAUAUUCUGUCUAGAAUGUUGAUUAUUGCUGAGGAUAAUAAUGAUAUCCAAGGCAUUAAAGUUAUUAAUAAUGCUUCAUCAGUUAGUCAUCUCUAUUUUGAAGAUGAUUGCUUGGUGUUUACUAAAGCUAGUGACAAUGCUGUUAAAAAUAAUGUUGUCACUAUCCUGAAGAUUAGAAGGCUAGGACUGCAAGAAAAGUAUCUGGGUGUGCUUCUCUUAAUUUGGAGAAACAAGAUGGAAACUCUUGGUCAUAUACAAUCUAGCUUUGAAAAAAGAUUAGGAAUGUGGAAGAGUAAACAUGUAAAUCAACCUGGUAGAACUGUUCUUACUCAUAUAGUAUUAGGUACACUAGCUAUGCCUAAAAGGUUAACAGAUAGGUUAGACUCUAUCCAGAGGAAGUUUUUCUGGAAUAAGAAAAGGAACAAUAGAGGCUUGUAUUUUAGAGGCUGGGAUAAUGUUGCUAAGCCGAUAGUUCAUGGUGGUCUUAACAUCAAGAAAACUGAAUACGUUAAUUAUUCUUUGUUGGCCAAACUUUCUUGGAGGAUGUUAAAAGAACCAGAUUAA